CGCGUAUCACGUAAUAUGAGCCAUGUCAGACACCGUAGUGUGAUACCCGGAAGCGGAGCUGCUGUCAUCGUCCAAACAAGAAAAAUGGGUUGAUGUCAUAAUCUUUCAUAUUGGUCUUGAAGAGAAUCUGGACAUGGUGACUUCUCCCAGAGUUCACUGACACAGUCGACAGCUGAACUUUUCAGUUUGACCAAAAGUGUGUCAUGGCUCGAGAGGAAGAAGAAGAAGAGCUGACUCCAGCUGAAACUCCUAAAGAGGUGGAUGUCUUCACCUCUGUACGAUGCCUGGGUUACCUCUCCAGUAUCAACCUUCUAGUGGCAGUGUGCGUGGGCAUGUAUGUGCGAUGGGAGGUCACCAGCGAGCCUAUGAUUUUGGUCAUCUUCAUCCUAGGACUAUUUGUAAUGGGAAUAGCCAGCAUCUUUUAUUACUAUUUUGCAAUGGAAAAAGCCAGCCUCAGUUUGUUCCAUUUAUGGGGUGGCUUUCUACUUGGCCUUCUGUGCUUCCUCAAUAGCCCUGCAUUGGAUUCAAACGUAAAGGAAAUUGUAGCAAACUAUUUACUUUUAGCCUGUGUUGUAAUGAAGGCUGCAUGGGCAUUGACCGAGCGAAUAUGUAACUCUGUGCAUUACAAACCCGCCUUACUCACAUCAGCUGAAUUUUUAGAACUCCUGGGAUUUGCCAUUGCAAGCACCACGAUGCUACUCCAAAAAUCUGCAGCUAUAAUCGGUUUGGUGGUUGCUCUGGGAGCUCUCAUCGUGGACUUAAGGAUGAAGGCACUGCUAGCCUUACCCAAUCUGGUCACUUUUGCCUUGAUUACCUCCUUAGUUUUCUUUCAUGCCUUGGACAUUGCUGCCAACCCAUUUGCCUUGGGAUGCUAUUUGGGCAGGCAGCUGUGUGAGCCCGUGCUUGACGUGUAUUUCAGUGGUUUGGGGCCGUGCGAACGCUGGAUGCCGGUGUUGUCGUUGGGGAAAGUGUGGAGGCUUCUCUCUCUGUUGCCUCUCAGUAUCAUUGAGAUAUACUACUUUGUCCUGGCUGCAUUAAAGCUGGGUGACUUGGAGCAGUGGUAUCUGGUCAUCCCUGGGUUCUGCCUCUUUGGACUGUUCUGGUCCAUCUGUCAUAUUAUUCUGGUCAUCACAAUCUGGGGCUUCCACACCAAACUCAGUGACUGCCAGAAGGCCUGGAGGGCACAGAGAACCGGGACAAGGAGCCUGGACCAAGUCAUGGCUUCCAGAGGCAUUCGACAUUUCUGCCUCAUAUCAGAGCGACUGGUCUUCUUCACCAUAUUGUCCACCGUCAUACUAGGAGCUGUGUCCUGGCAGCAGUCCAAUGGGCUCUUCCUCAGUGCUCUGCUGGUGGUGCUGCCUCUGGAAUCGCUGACUCAUGCCUUAUUUUACGAACUGGGAAGCAGUUUGGGAGGAACCUGCGUUGGCUACGCUCUGGUUGUGCCAACAGCGUACUGCAGUGCGGAUGGCCAGCCUGCCCUGUUACCUCCAGACCAGGUGCAGCAGUUGAACAUUCGGGCCACAGGGAUGCUCAACAGUGUCCAGCGCCUCUUCUCCCACCACAUGGUCCAGACCUUUGGGUGUGAUUACUCCACCAGUGGUCUCACUCUGGAGGCUACGCUCAACAAACUGCGCAGCUUCCUGGAGCUCCGGACUGCAGACGGACCGCGCCAUGACACCUACCUGAUAUUUUACAGUGGGCACACGCACAAAGCCACUGGAUCUUGGGCUUUGGCUGGUAAUGAGAGUCUCCACCUGGCCCAGUUAUUGGAGUUAUGGAAGGAGAAAAACGCUGGCCACUGUGCGCGACUAAUCAUCGUUUUGGACACCGAAAAUUCGUUCCCAUGGGUAAGAGACAUCCGAAGAGUGGAUGGCGUUUAUGUGGCUGUGCAGGGGGCGGAGCUAACAAACACCAGAGUAGAUCCGGAACUUGGCGAGAUCCCAUGCCUUGGAGACUUCACGGCCGAGUGGGUAGAUUUCAACUGCAACCCUGAUUCCAACUGCCAGUGGUCAGACAAGGCUCGCACCGUUUCGGCUAUUUACGGAGUGUCCAAGCGCUGGAGUGACUACACGCUGCACCUGCCAACAGGAAGUGAUGUCGCCAAGCAUUGGAAGACUCACUUUCCAAAGGCAACGUAUCCUAUGGUGCACUUGUCCAACUGGUGCUGCGGGCUGAAUCUGUUCUGGUUGUGUGGAGUGUGUUUGAGGUGCUUUCGGAGGUGUAAGCUAGCCUGGUUCCCGCCCACUGUACUGGACACUGGGCUAGGCAUCAAACUGGUACAUUCAUAGACAAUAAAGAGAAAUGGAUCAAUGGAUUUGGGAAAUUGCAGUAAGAUUUUUUUUUAAUGUGUUCUACAAAAGGGAGAAUGGAAAAGUUGUGGUUUUAAGGUUUGCUGAUUUGUACUUGAUUUGCCGUAUACUGUGCCUAUCUAAUACAUGUUACAAGAGCAUUAGCAUGUUACAUGCACACAUAAGUAAAUUACUGAAUUGUGAAAACUUUAUUGUAUUUCCGUAGAUUUUCAAAGUGGGGGUUAAAUGGUUGUCCUAGUCCUAAUUUGAAUGUGGUCUAUGUGCACCUGUAUUCUUAAAAUAUAAAUUUCUGUUAAAAUGUAUUAAACGUAUUAUUAAAUGUAUUAUGGCCUUUUUAUUCACAAAACGUUUGUUUGAAUUAAGCUAAAAUAACUUUUCAUUGAUUUACUGAUGUGUGCUUGUAUACUGUUAAUAUAAAUGGGUGGCAUUUAAUGUCAAUUUAUUGUAACCAAUGUAACCAUUAUUUGUUUUUUGUUUUUUAAGUUAUCCAUGUUCUUGGGUUUUGGUGUUGUUUUCAUUUGCCUUUAUAAGUGCCUUACUGAUCUUUCUUUUUAAGUUUUUUUUUUAUAUAUAUAUAUAUAUAUAUAUAUAUAUAUAUAUAUAUUUGUGCCAAAGUUAUGUUUAUAUAAGUUAAAUGUGCAUUAUCUAAUCUUUUCGGUGGGGCAUUUGCCACCUGCUUUUCUCGAUCGAGAUGCUAUUGCCUUUCCUGGAAUGAUCAACGGUAUGACAUAACAUUUUUCUCGUUGUCUCGUUUAUGUUUUUUAUUGCUCAGAAUUACUUUUUAAAUAAUACCUCUUGGGCUUGUUUCUGCUAUAUAGUUAUAACCUAUGACACUCAUGGAUUGUUAUGUUAUAAUUUGCACUUUUUAAAUCUCAGUAUUUAUCUACCUAAGAUUUCCACGUCAUUGUGAGCCAGGCCACCUCUGCACAAAUGUGUAAUGAGGCCCGUUUGUAUCACCUACUUGUCUGCAUGGAGCUAGAUAUGUUUGCCAUACUCUGGAACAUUAUAGCCAACCCAGUAACAUGAGGCAAGCAGGUGGCAUAUCCUCCUCUAGAAAAGUUCCAUAAUGCACCUUUAAGCAUGAAUUUAUGACUGCAAGUAUGCGGUUGUUAAGAUAUGUGUAAGGAAAACGGUCCUGUGGUACUGGUUAAAUGGCUUUUGGACAUGAUUCACUGAUGCCUUUGCCCCUCUGCUAACCACACUGACAAACCACAAUGUCGAUCCGUCUUUCAAAUUGAAGGAUAUUUUCCAUCUCACAUUUUAAAAGCCAUUUAUCAUUGAAAUCUGAUGACAGGGCUGUUCUGCAUGUUGGCAAAAUACAACAGUUGCACCCUAAGUUACUAUAUUGUAUUAUCGCUGACAAUCAAGCUGCAGGAAAACCAAUCUUUACUGUGCUCCCUUUUUUUUUUUUUUUACUUUUAAGUAUUAUUUUCCUAUCCUUUGCAUUUUCCCUGAAGAAAUGUUAUGUCUGAAAAUGACAAACUUUGGGAAUAAACCAAUUUGAAAACCU